AUAAAUAGUUAAAUCCAGAGUGUUUUUAGUACUAUCAGGAACAGAACUUGGUGGGGGUGUGAAAGUCAAUGUCAUUUCUUCUUCUUGUUAAAGUUUUAUAGUGUAAUUGUUAAAAAAAAAAAAAGGGAAAAACAAAAGGGAGAGGUUAGUAAGGAAAUUUGCAAUAUUUUUGCAUAUUUGUGGGCAAAGUCCAAAAGCCAGAUAGAUAUAGGUCAAUGAAAAAGAAAGAGAGAUAAGUAGCAACACACAGUUGGGGGAGGUAAUGAAUAUUGAGUUUGGGGGGGAUUCACAGAUCAUCAACAGCUGAAGUAAAUGUGCAAUUACUUUGGAUGGUCUGGUUUUAUUUGGCUUACAGAAAAGAAAAUAUAAAGAGAGGGAGAGAGAGAGAAAAUAAAAAUAGUUGUGAUAAUACUAGAAAAGAUAUUACACAGAGAGAGAGCUUUGGAGUUGGAAUUAAGGUGUUUUUUCAAGGAGAUUCAUUGAUUCCCCAGCCUUAAGCUGAAGCUUUGUAAGAAUCUUUUCUUUCUCCAGCUUGGGUUUGUGCAGAAUCAUUUUUUUCCGCCACAUUCACCUCUCAGUAGUGUCUUUUUCCCGUGUCUCUUCUUUGUCAUUUCUGCUGGGAUCUGGAUUUUAUUGGCUUCAUCUUGCUCUUACCUCAAGUUGAUUUCUCGAGUCUCUUUGUUUGUGGGUUUGUGAAAAAGAUUGAAUCUUGAGUUUUUUUUUUUUUUUUUUCUGUGUCUCCGCAUCUUUCUUUCUUUUCCUUUUUUUGUUUAUUACCUUGCCUUGCUAUUUUAAUAAUCUGUAAAGGGUUGGAACAGGUAGAAUAAUCACUGAUUUCACUCUUUAUACUUUGAUUCUGCCGGCCGCAUUGAUUUUCUUUUGCUUUGAAAUUCUGGGCUCCAGUCCAUUUUCUCUUCUUUGCUGAAGUCUACUGUCUUGGAAAUUUUAGGAAUGGUCAAAUCUAGGGUUUUGUUUUUCGAUCUGAUGUUCUUUUCAUUUCCCCCUCUUAAUUCCUUUCCGUGAGAUUUGGAGUCCUUAUUUGAAUUCUUAGGUAAAGUGAAUCCUUUGUCUCUUUACCCUCCUUGAGAUACGGAAUUUGAUUUUAGAAAGCAAAGGUUUACGAUUCUUGAGAGCUUUUUAGCUCGAUUCCUUUUCCUUUUCCUAGGAUUGAGUUUGAAUUUGAGUCUUGCUUUUUCUGGGGUUUGGUGUUUGUUUGAUGGGCUAAACAUAUCCUUUCCCUCCGGUGAUGCUCUGAGUCGUGCUCUUUUUUUUUUCACCUUGUCACUAAGGCUGAUUAUCACCAUCCAACAAAAAAGGAAGCUUUGAUGCAUCUUUCACUAUGGAAGCCAAUAUCUCACUGUGCUGCUCUGAUAUUGGAUAAGAAGAGCAGACGGAAAGAUGGGUCAAGUCACUCAACUGAGGAAAUUAAGAGAAACCCUUCAAUUCUGAGGAAGUUGCAGGAGCACAAGCUCAGAGAGGCUCUUGAGGAAGCAUCUGAAGAUGGGUCACUCAUUAAAUCGCAGGAUAUGGAAGAGUCGAUGGCAAACCAGGAUGAGGGCUUGGGCCGAUCAAGGUCACUUGCCAGGCUUCAUGCUCAGAAGGAAUUUCUCAAAGCCACCGCUCUUGCAGCUGAGCGUAUCUAUGAAUCGGAGGACUCCAUUCUGGACAUUGAGGAAGCAUUUGAGAAGUUUCUAACUAUGUAUCCAAAGUAUCAGUCAUCCGAGAGGAUUGAUGAGCUGAGGGCAGAUGAGUAUUCUCACCUUUCUGGCCCUGUUCCUAAGGUAUGUCUGGACUACUGUGGAUUUGGGCUAUUUUCAUUUCUUCAAUCUGUUCAUUAUUGGGAAUCUUCUACUUUUAGCCUCUCUGAGAUAACUGCCAAUUUGAGUAAUCAUGCUUUAUAUGGGGGUGCUGAGAAAGGGUCUGUGGAAUAUGACAUUAAAGCCAGAAUUAUGGAUUACUUGAACAUUCCUGAGCAUGAGUACGGGCUUGUUUUUACUGUUAGUCGAGGGUCGGCUUUUAAACUGUUAGCUGAGUCGUAUCCUUUUCAUACAAACAAAAGGCUGUUGACCAUGUUUGAUCAUGAAAGCCAGUCAGUGAGUUGGAUGGCUCAAAGUGCCAGGGAGAAAGGUGCAAAAGUGAAUAGUGCUUGGUUUAAAUGGCCAACCCUCAAACUUUGCUCAACUGAUCUGAGGAAGCAAAUAUCUAGCAAGAAGAGAAGGAAGAAAGAUUCAGCAGUUGGUCUUUUUGUCUUCCCUGUACAGUCUAGAGUGACAGGAGCAAAGUAUUCUUACCAGUGGAUGGCACUGGCCCAGCAGAAUAACUGGCAUGUCUGUCUUGAUGCUGGAGCUUUGGGUCCUAAAGACAUGGAUUCUCUAGGCCUUUCACUCUUCCGACCGGACUUUAUUAUUACAUCCUUCUACAGGGUUUUUGGUUAUGAUCCUACUGGAUUUGGAUGCCUUCUGAUCAAGAAAUCUGUGAUGGGAAGCCUCCAAAAUCAGUCUGGACAUGCUGGGUCGGGCAUAGUGAAAAUUACCCCCGUCUUUCCUCUGUAUCUGAGUGACUCCAUUGAUGGUUUUCCUGGACUGGUUGAGGAUGAUGAGGUUGGUGAAAACUUCGAAAUGAAAACUGAAAGUCGCCCAGGAACACAGCUGCCUGCUUUUUCGGGUGCAUUUACAUCUGCGCAGGUAAGGGAUGUGUUUGAGACUGAGAUGGAACAUGAUAACAGUUCUGAUAGGGAUGGCACAAGCACCAUAUUUGAAGAAACUGAGAGUAUUUCUGUUGGGGAAGUAAUGAAAAGUCCAGUCUUUAGUGAAGAUGAAUCAUCUGAUAACUCUCUCUGGAUUGAUCUGGGGCAGAGUCCGGUGGGCUCUGAUAAUGCUGGUCCAGUAAACAAACAAAAAGUGGCAUCUCCCGCACCACCAUUUUGGUUUUCUGGAAGAAAGAAUAAUAAGAGGCUCUCACCAAGACCAGUAAGGACGUUAAAUAGCCCAAUAUACGACAAGGAGGCUACCCCCAGGCACAACGAAGAUCAUAUGCUGUCUUUUGAUGCUGCUGUUCGAUCUGUGUCGCAUGAAUCAGACCAUGUUAAGGACAUAUCUGAUGUAGAGCAGUCAAGUGAAAGAUGUCCAGCUGUGAGAGAAAGUAGAAAAGCUCAAAAUGUUUAUCAUGUUCAGGAGAUUGAAGAAGAACCUGAUGUUUGUGAACCAGUUCAGACAUCCUCUGUUUCUCAGCGAAAGGUCCGUGAGAAUGGUUCAUCUGCGGCGUUGUGCUCUGAGCCAAAAGAGAGUGCUAUAAGAAGGGAGACCGAAGGUGAAUUCAGAUUACUGGAAAGGAGAGAAGGAAACAGAUAUGCAGGUGGUAGAUUUUUUGGCAUUGAAGAGAUUGAGCAGUCUGGAAGCAGGGGAAGAAGAGUGUCCUUUAGCAUGGAAGACACUCACAAGUCACGUCUCAGCCAUACCUUGGAGCCAGGGGAAUUAUCAGCAAGCCUGGAUGAUGAUGAUUAUGCAAGUGAUGAGGACUAUGUUGAUGGCCAAGAAUCUGAUAGAAGAGAGCCUGAGAUAAUAUGCAGGCAUCUUGAUCAUAUAAAUAUGUUGGGACUUAACAAGACUACGCUGAGAUUACGGUUCCUGAUCAACUGGCUUGUAACUUCGCUGCUCCAGUUGAGGUUACCUGGUCCAAAUGGUCAGGGUUCUGUACCACUUGUUCACAUUUAUGGGCCGAAAAUAAAGUAUGAAAGAGGUGCAGCUGUUGCAUUCAAUGUGAAAGAUAGAAGUAGGGGUCUAAUUAGUCCAGAGGUUGUGCAGAAGCUGGCUGAAUCGGAUGGCAUCUCUCUUGGUGUGGGCAUUCUCAGUCACAUCCGGAUAAUAGAUAGCCCGAAGCAGCAACGUAACCUGGAAGAUACCACCCUUUGCAAGCCAAUGGAGAACGGCAGGCAUGAUGGUAGAAGUGGGUUCAUCAGAGUGGAAGUUGUUACCGCUUCUCUCGGUUUUUUGACUAAUUUUGAUGACGUUUAUAAGUUGUGGGCUUUUGUGGCCAAGUUUCUCAACCCCACAUUCAUCAAAGAAGGUUCCCUUCCAACUGUUCUUGAAGAUGCUGAAGUACAGGUCUGAGAACUGCUGUGGGUUGUUUUGUGAACCUUGGCUCCAGUAUUGUGAGGGGGAGAAAUUGAUGCCUGAAUUGAGGCUCUAUCUUUGAAAACUAUUCUUUUCAGGUGCAAGCAAGGAAAUGAAAUGUGAGGUUCUAUAUUGGAUUCUCUGCCUUGAUUCUUUGCUGCAAGCCGGGUGCAUUUGUUCAUUCAUGGUUUUUUUGGUUACUUAAUUUUUGAGUUUCUUGUAGAGUUGGCUUUAGAAAUUUGUAUGAUCUAAGGGUAGUUAUAAUGACCUAAAUCAAAAAAUUAUAUAAGGGGCAGGAACACUGGCAGCUGACAUUUGGCCUUCUACCAAAUUGCUCUGUUGUAUAUUAUCAAGAUGUUAAUCGCUUGUUUGGUUAUUCCUCAAAUUUUUGCCCUGACCAGAUAGAUAUGCAAGUUUCUUGGCCAUUUCCCUCUUUGCAAAUUCCUUGUUUUGAAUGAGUAAUCCAUUGCAUAUAGCAGAUCCCAAUCGAGCACCUUUCAAGUUUAAGGUUCAUUUGUUCGUUGGAUUUCGUAUACUGGUACGAGGAAAUUUGAACUUACAAUGUGGGAAGAAACCUUUGUCAACCCUUGAUUGAUGCUAGAAGUGAAUCUGCCAAUGUCCGAUUGAGCUUACUUUAGGAACACUGUUUAUUGCAUUAGGAUGACAUAAGAAGUAUAGAAACCGCAAUAGAAGGUAAGUUGAUGUCAAGCUUGUCCCCCUCAAGAUGUUUAAUGUGCAUUACAAUGUCAAUCAAUCCUGAGACAAACUUCUUAAAAAAGAUGCAUUAUUGGGUGCCUGAAUCCAUCAAAAUCUUAAUGCUUAGUUUAGGAUAAAAACCUUUACCUGCCAACCUAAGCAUUUGUCUUGAUUCAGCUCUGGUUUUGUCAGUCAUAGGGUUCAAUCACUUUCAGAUAUUGACUUCCACUUACUCAGGUUGC